GUUCAGGGUGGAACACGGCCAUGUACGUGGAAUAGACUUUACUGUUUCAAAGACUGAAAAGCUGCUGUAGUGGGAAGCUAAAGGCAGUGACUUAAUAUGGAACCUGAAGUGGAAAGGAGCAGGCUGUCAGUUUGAGCAAACCUGUGGCAAGCUCUGGCAAACCUACUGGAGCUGGUUUAUGGAAAACUCUCUSUGAAAUCACAAGGCAAUAGAUGAAAUUAAUAGGCUGAAGCAGAGACUCUAUGAAAUCAUGCAGCAGGAGAUCCGGCCGCUGGUAGCAGUGGAUAUAAUAGAGCAGCUCCACAGGCAAUUUGCCAUCUUGUCAGGAGGAAGAGGGAAGGAUGGGGCACCCAUUAUAACCUUUCCAGAGUUUGCAGGAUUCAGUGAGAUACCUGAUGAUGAUUUUCUGAACGUGGUCACUUAUCUAACCAGCAUUCCCAGUCUGGAGGCUGCCAGCAUCGGAUUCAUCAUCAUCAUAGACAGACGACGGGACAAAUGGAGCGCAGUCAAGGCAUCCCUGACACGAAUAGCAGGAGCAUUUCCAGGAAACCURCAGCUGGUGUUUGUCCUGAGACCCUCCCGCUUUAUCCAAAGGGCAAUCGCUGACAUUGGCAUUAAACUCUAUCGAGAUGACUUUAAAAUGAAGGUACCGAUCAUCAUGUUAAAUUCUGUCUCUGAUCUGCAUGGCUACAUUGACAAAAGUCAGCUGACGCGGGAGCUGGGAGGAACCCUGGAGUACGGCCACAGCCAGUGGAUCCAUCACCGAACUGCUAUUGAAAACUUUGCAAUGACAGUAAAAACAACAGCACAGAUGCUACAGACCUUUGGAACAGACUUAGCAGAGACUGAACUUCCCAAYGAUGUGCAGUGCACAGAGGAGCUUCUCUCCUCACACACCGACCACCAUGGCAAGCUGAAGGAUGAACUGAAACUAGCAGUGAAGCAGGGGGCCACCCUACUGACGUGCAUUCGGGARCCAGUCACCCGAAGUGCCAACAGCAAACUCAGUCCAGAUGAACUGGAAAACGUGGCCACUGUGGAAAGGUUGUUGGCUCAGUUGGAUGAAACAGAAAAGGCUUUUGAUCAAUUUUGGACCAAGCAUCAUCUAAAACUAGAACAGUGCCUGCAGCUUCGACACUUUGAACACGAUUUUAGAGAGGUAAAACUGACAUUGGAUAACCUCAUGGAAAUACAAGCAGGUUUUGCUGACAUUGGAGACAGCAUGACUCGAGUUGAGAACCUCCUAAAAGAGCAGAAACACCUGGAAGAGAAAGGACAGGAACCUUUGGAGAAGGCCCAGUCUCUAGCUCUCCAUGGAGAACAGCUCAUCCAAAACAACCAUUAUGCAGUUGACUCCAUUAGACCAAAGUGUGUUGARCUCAGGCGGAUUUGUGAUGACUUUACCAAUGAGACCAAGAAAAAGUAUGAUAUUUUGGGAAAGUCUCUUGAGCUGCAUAAGCAGUUAGAUAAGGCAAGCCAAUGGUGUGAAGCUGGAAUCUACCUCUUAGCUUCCCAAGCUGUGGACAAGUGCCAGUCACAAGAGGGAGCUGAAACUGCACUCAUUGAAAUCGAGAAGUUCUUGGUAACAGCUAAGGAACACCAGCUCUCCAACCCGAAGGAGUUCUACAAUCAGUUUGACAUGAUCCUCACCCCUGAAAUAAAGGCCAAUGCCCAAAGAAUUGUACAAAAACUUGAAGAUGUGCAAGAAAUGUUUGACAAGAGGCAAGUAAGUCUGAAGAAGCUGGCAGCCAAACAGACCCGGCCAGUACAACCUGUUGCUCCACAUCCUGAAUCUUCCCCAAAGCGAGCAUCACCAAAGAUUACCAGGCCAGCAGCAGUAGCUACCAACAGGAGGUCCACAGAAAUUUCCUGCCCUCCAAAGACCAUUUCCGAAGUAGAUUUAUCAAAAAAGAAAAGCAUUAAGAAGACUAAAGGUGGAAUUAAGAUUGAAGUGAUGCAUGAAGCCAGUCAAGGAGGAUCUAGCAGAGUCCUGGUGACCAGUGAAAGCGAUGAGAACUUGUCAACAAGGAGGAGCCAUAUAAUCAACGAGCUGAUAGAAACAGAACGGGUUUAUGUAGAAGAACUUCAAAGUAUAAUAGAGGGGUAUGCUUCAGAAAUGGACAAUCCCAGUUUAGUACAUCUGAUUCCAUCUGCACUUCAGAACAAGAAGGAAAUUCUCUUUGGGAACCUCCCAGAAAUCUACGAUUUCCACAACAGGAUUUUCCUCAAGGAGAUAGAAAAUUGCAUUGAAAACCCUGAGCUUCUUGCUAGGUGCUUUUUAAAAAGGAAGGAGGACCUCCAAAUCUAUGAAAAGUACUGUCAGAACAAACCAAGGUCUGAAGCUCUCUGGAGGCAGUGUGGAGACAGCAUCUUYUUUCAGGAAUGUCAGCGUAAAUUGGAUCAUAAGCUCUCACUUGAUGCUUAUCUCUUAAAGCCAGUUCAGAGAAUCACCAAGUACCAGUUGCUGCUAAAGGAAAUGCUGAAGUGCAGCAAGAAUUCAGAAGGUACUGCUGAAUUGGAAGAAGCCCUGGCCACAGUGCUUGAUAUCAUCAAAUCAGUGAAUGAUUCCAUGCACCAGAUAGCAAUCACAGGAUAUGAGGGGGAUGUCAGUGAGCUUGGCAAGCUGUUGAUGCAGGGCUCCUUCAACGUWUGGACUGACCACAAGAAAGGGCACAACAAGGUGAAGGACUUGGCUAGAUUCAAACCAAUGCAGAGACACCUCUUCCUCUACACAAAGAUGCUGCUUUUCUGCAAGAAACGGGAGGAGAACACCGAUGGCCACGAGAAGACAGCUUCAUACAGCUUUAAAAAUUCACUAAAGAUGAGCACUGUGGGCAUUACAGAAAAUGUAAAAGGGGAUAACAAGAAGUUUGAGAUCUGGUAUAAUGGCAGAGAAGAAGUCUACAUCAUUCAGGCAUCUUCUGUGGAGCUGAAAAACACCUGGAUUUCCGAGAUUCGCAAAGUCCUGACAGGACAGCUGGAAGCAUGCAGAGAAGCAAGUCAACUGCACCAAAGAAUCACUGAGAGUGUGUAUCAUGCACCAAUGGAYUCCUCCAAUGCAAGCAGGUAUAGCAGGAAGUCAUCAAGUCUAUAUGAAAACAAAUCUGAGACAUCAAAUGUGGAAGCAUCUAACAAUAAAAACAGGAAUUCCAGUCCCAGCGCCAGACAAAAGAGAGUUGAUGCUUCCAGCAGCCUUAACCUUGAGCGCACAGCGCUUGCUAGAAAGCGAUUCACAUUGCAAGGUCUUUCCAACCGCAGAGCUCCACCCAAAGAUCCAGAGUCUAAGGACAGAGAAGUUACCCGUCGCUUUUCCUUAGCCUCCUCCAUCAGCACCACAGUUAAUGCUUCUGCUGUGACCAAAGGUCCCCUUGUUCCUGCAGUUAAAGUCAAGAGACAUGAAAUAAAGAGUGACCCAACUCCCCUUGGGUUUGAAGAUGCUUUUGAGAACACCAUAUUGGCCCAGAGUAAAUGUAAUGCCGGUUCCACCACGAGAUCCGUACCUAGAUCUGCUUCACAGACAGGCUGGCCCAGCAGACAAAUGCCUUCUCUAGACACAUUUGAAGAUUUCGAAGCCAUUCCUUCCAGCAUGGAUGAACUCUCCAACUCUUCUGACUUGGAGGAAGAGACCAACCCUAACAAUGGGAGCAAUCUCUUCCGGGUAGAAGGCAGUUUUGACAGCUGUUUCCCGGAUUCUCUGACUCUCGAGGAUGGAGAUUUAGUGCAGUUUGUGCAGGAAGGAGAGAAUGGUCAGUGGUUAGUGAAGAAACUGGUCUCUGAGAAAAGCGACUGGGUUCCUUCCAGUAUAUUGCAGCCAGCAGAGGGGGACAGUAACAACAUGAUUAAGAGCAGCAAUGCAGACAUGUACAACGAUUCCUGCAGCACAGCCUCAGUAGAGUCAGACACGAAGGAAAGUGAGGUGGCCAAAAGCUUCCCAGCAGAACAGAGGGCUGGCAGCUGAGCAGCAGGACCAGCCUUCCUCAGGACCCCGUCCACCUGGCUUUAUCUUGGGUGGACACUGGAUCAAAGUUGCCUUUCUCACAAGCUCUGAGGUUCAYAAUUCACUAAAAUUUUAUCAAAGUGAACAGAUGAGAACUGUGCUCUCCAMCUGGCAAGCUGGGAAAAACAAACUUGAAAGGAGCAUUAAACAUCCAGAAAACAUCAAACCUACCUUCAGUAUUAGAGGAGAAAAAUGCUUCUUGCAUUGAUUACCAAACUGUUUCAGAGGAUGUGGCCUAAAUUAGGUCGACAGCAGAGCUGAAGAGUUUCUAUGCACGCACCUUUUGGCAACUUUGCUUGAGCACCACAUCACUGCAGAGGGGCACGUGGUGGUUACGAGUCCUUGCUCCACCCUGGGGUCACCUGGAGGUUUUUCCAUUUGCUUGCCACUGGCUGUGCCUUCCCUGUCCUCCUUAAUCCCAGCUGAUACAUCAUCACAAACGUGCCCUUUUUGCUAUGGUCAACACCAAAAACACCUGAGCUGAGGGUGACUGUGGAAAGGGAACUUCUGAGCGGGACCAUCAGAGAGGCUCCGUGCGGCCGUGCCGCGAUCCUCUGCGCUGGCACGGGAAGGGAAUGCUCAAAACAUUCCCCACCUUGGAAUGGCACAGCUGCAGCUCCUGCCUGGGAGGUGCUGGGCUUUGCAGGGAAGUACAGACGUGUAACAGCUGCUGUGACAAAGAACACUCUGAACUCUUUUUACAGUCUAAGUCAUUCCUCUGCCCCCUCUACCGUCUCUGGUUGCUGGAUCACAACCCUUCACAUUUGGUGCCGAGAAUUCAAUUGAAUGCCAUUUACUGUCCCAUGUUUGAGUAGACUGCAUGCUUUCCUUGUGUGCUGGGCUAUGAGUAGAUACAUUUCACCCCCCAUUUGGAAUAUACUUAAGCAUUGCAAAUAGGCAGUGGGCAUUAGAUGCUCCAAUGAGUGGAUAAAGUGUUGUUGUGAAAUACUUCUUUCCGGUAUGUUUGAUGAAAGGACUGUACCAAAUCUCUGCCACAUAAGGAUGUAAUGUAUAAUAUAAAGUGAUUACAGAUGUUAUUAUUCCUAUUCAAGCCAUUAGCUCGUUUAGAGCGCUGUUAAGGCAUGAAGGCAUUUUGAUGGUAAUUGGGUCUUAGGUCCCACAAAAGCUGCUAGUAYUUUAGUAAAGAUAAAUAUUGACUAAGGAUUGCAAACAGGCAAAGAUCUGUAGUAAAGACGAGCCUGGAAGAAGCUCAAGAGUGAGUGAGUGGCUUUCACUCUUUGAGAUGUUUUGUUUAACCCUCAGAUUAGAGGUGCUUUAUGUAAAUAACAAAGGGCACUAAAAGCACUAAAAAUGGAAAUGAAGMAAAACCAAAACCAACCCACUCUUUACUAAUUGAGCCUCUGAGCAAAGCAGUAGGUUUCUGUAUCAUUUCUGCUGUCACCUUUGCAGGGACUUGAAUGUUUUCCUUUGUGUCUCAGUGGAGGCUGGCGGUGCAAAUACCUUAGUGUGUGAGUCAGGAUAGCUGUGAAAGAGUUAGAUGGUCCUGUUUGAGAAAAAGCCUUGAAGUAGGUAAAGGCUUAGUAAGAUCUUUUUGCCUGUGAAGACUUAUUGCUUGAUUAUGAGUUGCACUGUGGUGAUUAAUUCCCAUGGYUCUUCUAAACCUCCCAUAUCUAAAUUCUGUGAUUUUUGACAUUUUCCAUUAGUCCAUGACUAAAGGACCUGAGAGUUCUGUACCUUUCUGGAAGCUAUUUUUGUCCUACAGAGGUAGCAGCUUGCCUGUUUGUGUUUUACCUCAAAAAUGAUAUGUAGGCUCUCAGGAACAUGAAUCCUCCUGGUCUACUGGGGUUAUCAGCAUCUUGCAGGAAGAAUUUAUUCCUUUCAGUCCCCUAAGGAAAUAUGCAGUGACAUUUUCUUAUAGUGCAAUUCCUUAAUCCUCUCCCUAACAUGAGUUUGUUCUGGUUUCUCUAUUACUUUCAGUAAUUUUUGCACAGUAACAGUGCUGCUGUCUACCCCUGCCCUAAGCAUAGGAGAAGGAAGGGCUAGGGAGCUUUGAUUGCACAUUAAUAAGUGUAGUAAGCUUUUAUGUGUGGGAGAGAGAGAUGGGGAAGGAUUAUCCUGGGUUUAUGAAACUGCCAAAAUGAAGAUUUGUGACAUUGCUGAUGGAUGGAAAGAUGAAAACCUGCACUUUGGAGUUUUAUUUUGAGGAAUCUCAUUCUGAUGGUUAAAUGGCAGUGGGAGGUCUCUGAACUGARGAUGAGAAAUCUGGCAUUGCCAGUCCAUUUCCUCUCUCUGCAUGAGCAGGGUGAGACUGUGCUGGUCCUACUUGCCCUGGUGCCUCAACACCUUCCUGUAAAAUGGAGCUAUUGAAUUUCCCACCCAUUGAAUUCUGAAUUGUACCAGGUGUGUGAAAGUUGUCCCCCUGGGGACCCUCCAGGGGAAAGCAAAGCAUUCAACCCCACAUGCCCUCCAUGAGUGCCAGUGGUACAGGGCAUCUUGUGGAGCAGUCUAGAGCUGGAGCAGGACAUGGGGUUACUGAGGAAAAGUGUCCUCUGCCAGCUCCAGACUGUCUUGUCAUGGCCACUGCAAAGGUAGGGCCUGCAUUAUUGCAUUCUCCUCCCCACUUCUGUUUUGAAAAGUGAAAAUCUCAUGUUUUMUCCUGCUGGACCAAAGUUGGAGUCUGUGCUGCUCCAUGAAUGUCCUGGGGAUGGCAGGUUCCUCUGUGCUGUGGCUGUGCAGCAGUGGCACAGCACUCUGGUCUUUGGGCACACGGAGCCUGAGCAGGGAGCUCACACCAUUACCUGUGUCUGUAACCUCCCUGCAGUGCCAGGUGCCUGUUUCUGUCUCCAUGCUCCAAACCAGGGCACAGGGCAGCCCUGGCAGGGUCCCUUUGGCACGAGAGGCAGCGAGGCAGGGCCACUGCAGGGCUGGCUUUGGGAAAGGAUGAGUUCAGUGACAGACCAGGCUGCUGACACAUCCUACAGCAGCUCCCAAAAGAAGCAACCUUCUGGCUUUGCUGAUGAGACAAAAUGGGGUUCCAUGACUUUUUGGAUUUUUUAAAUAUUAUGCAGGACAGUCUUUUAAUUAGUGCAUUUCUGUUGAGCAAGGUGAUAAUUAAGGGAAUGACUCUCCAUGUACAGUCUAGAAGAUGAUUUGGUAAUGUCCAGCAGGACUAGUGUAUAUGUUAGGGUAUCCUUAUUCUGUCUGUAGGUCUUUGACACCAUCCUUUUCAGGUAGAUGGACCUAAAACCCAUAGUUUUCAAAUAAGGAUU